UGAGGAACUAGUUCUCUGCUAGUUAAAUGCAAUGCAAAUGGCCGAAAGUCAGAUUUCACUAAGAUCUUAUUGUUUUGUUCAUUGUUUGGUGAAAUACUUGUUCUUGUGUAGUGUGAGACGUUUGUGUUAAUAAUCACAUUCGCAUAAUCUUUAGUUUAAAGUGUUAAGCAACUUUUCGUCAUGUUGGAUCAAUCUUUCCUGAAACACUUUAUGGGUGUUGCUGGUUGUAAAUAGCGCAUAGCAUUUGGGAUGACAAGUAGGUUAAGCCUAUUUUCAUUGUGAUGAAUUCGACCUAAUUUGUGAAUAUUUUCUUCGGAAAUAAAUCUAAAUGUUCUAAUAUCUGCUUGAAAGACAAAUAGUGAAUAAGUUUCAUGCAAAUAAACAUCAAUAACUAACCAGCAAAAGAUCUUAAUGUGUGUCUUGACUAUUAGUAAGGAAGCCAUAGGGACAAUGGGUAGGGAAUGUAAAGUGAAAACAGAUUUUAAGCGAAUUUUAAUUUAAACAGUGUUACAAAGUGGCUGUGAUUAACCCAGUGUAUUCUUAACUGAUGUUGGAAUGAAAUGGCUAUCAGUUGCAUAAAUAAAAUGACACUUAUUAUUUAAUUGGCCUAACCUCUUCUUAUAUUAUCAUAUUUGCUCAGCAAAAAUUCAAAUGGAUAACCUAUCUCCAUUUGUUAUCUGUUUCAACAAAUAUUUUCCCCUGAAAAGUACCUAACAUUAUUUUGUUAAAAUGUAAGGAAGCACAAUGAGCAAGGCUACAAGAUUGUUGCCUAGCUUUUUAUUUUUUAAAAUGUUUAUUCAAUUUAAGCUUUUUAUAUUUUUAGUCACACUUUCAAGAAAUGCAAUACAGGCGGACAAUAACCCUGAUAUCAGUGCAAUAUCCUUUGACAGGCGGGUUUUAUUUGACCACAGUGAUAGUAGUGAUGUGUUUAAUAAAACUCUUGCUUCAAAGCAUGGUAAAACUUUUAAUUUACUUGGUGCGCGGAGUGCAAGGACACCCCCAACAUUAGCGUAUCCGUCACACCCGACCUUACCUCCACCCACAAGUCCUACAGGGAGAGAAAUGCCUUCUUAUUCUCCUCCUAACAGAGCAUUUUUUACACCUCCUUUACCUCCAGAGUAUCUUAAUCCUUUUGCGGAGAAGCCUACAUUAAGAGACAGCAACUCUGACAGUGCAAGUGUUUCCAACAAACGACCCAUUCCACCACCUCCACCAAGACUACCAUCAGAAAUAGAACUUAUUCCUAUAAGGCCACCAGACCUCCCAGUUCAAGAUACUAGAAAAAAGACUUUAAAUACUCCUAGUUUCAAGAAACUCGCUGAAAUUCCAUAUUCUGAAACAACAAGCACAACCACAACAAAUUCAAGAUCUGUAAAUGAGUCUUUUGAUUUUGUACCAAUCUUGCCUUAUCCAAGUGUUUCUCGGAUACUGUCAGGAGGAAGUGGAAGGAAGCAUGAUAUUCUUCAGGACAUUCUUGAAAGGCCUAGGUUUGAGUCUGAAUCCAAAGCUUCCCGUACUAUAAAGCAGGAACUUGGAAUUGUUAAAACAUUAAUACCUCCUAGUGUGAAACCACCUCAGGUUACAGAAAGAAAACCGCAGGCAACGUAUCCAAAACAAGAAAUAAGUACCCAGUCAUCAAGAUCUCUACCUACCAGACCUCCGGAAAUCACGGAAGAGGAGCUUAGGAUAGAAGUUACUGAACCUCCAUUAGCAGCAAGGGAUCCUCCUGAAGUAGCUCAUAUGCCUGAGCUUCCUGAACCCAGACAAAGGCAAGUUCUAGGAGUAGCAUGGGACAUUCACGUUUAUCUAAUUGCAACAUUAUUUGCAAUUCUUGCAAUUUGUUCUUUGUUCAAUAUUAUACGAAUAAGUUCAUUCAAACGCCUGCUCACAAGAGGUUAUUUUUUAACACUUCAUGGCAUUCUUCUAAUUAUUGGGACAUCUCGAAGUGUAUAUUUAUUUUAUGAUGCAUAUAACAUCAACCACUCUUUACCAGAACCCAUAUCUCAUCUGCUAUUGAAUGUAAUAUUUCCUCUUUUAACGUCAUCUUUUGCAAUUUUGUUUUUAUUUUUACUUUUAGCUGGUGAAGUGAAAAUGGUGAAUCAUAAACUACAAAGAGCUUCAGUACUAGCUUUAUUCAUAAUAGCACACUUAAUUCUCAGUGUCAGUGUAGAUCUUUGUGCAAACACUACUCCUUUCUCUACUCUUUUACCUGUCAUUUGCCAAUGCCUUUUUGUAAUUCUGUGUGUUGCACUGGGACUUUCUUAUCUGUAUUUGUACAAGUCACUUUCACAUUCAUCCCUACGAAAGCAAGGAAACAUUUUUGGCUCCGCUUUUUCUGACUCACACCGUCCUACACUGGCUCACGCUGUCCGAGUGACGCUGGCUACAGCAAUGUUGAGUCUUCUUAUGGCAGCAGUGCAGCUUUAUGGAAUGUUUGGAGUUUAUGAAUUUUUAGGUGAAGAAUCUCCACAUUUAUGGCUCUGGUGGGGCUAUCAAUUUUCAGUUCGUGUUAUUGAAAUCUCAAUGUGCUUUUUAAUGUCAUGGGCAGGUGUACAACCUUUACGCUGUGAAGCAGAAAAAGAAACACAAAGCCAUAAUUCUUCUACAGGGUUUGCUCUGUUUUCGUGUGGUGCUGCUACACCAAGAGGAAGUGAAGGAGGUCCUGGUGAUGAUAUGUACCCGGCAAUUUGCAGCUCAAAUCAAGCAAUACAUAAUUAUUCCCUUCGAACUGGGAAACAGGUUUAUGAUGACACAUUUCCAUUAAAUAACCUUCACACUGGACCACACAUGUUUCUACAUAAUACUACAGAAAGACGAUCUCUAAAGAAGCAUCCAGUUGAAGAUCAUGAACUAAGCAAAUCCAUAUGCGGCACAUUAGUUCCAUACGACAGAAGACUACAGCCAUCUCCUUCUAUGCUAGUUGCAGAGAAUGGAUUUGUGCGCUUCCGUUCCUUAGCUGAUGGGGAACAGCCUGAAGACAGCUUUACUCAACCCAACAUCGGUCAUCCUAGAGAAGAUUUCACGUGAGUUGUAUGUAAAACACUAUUGGACUUAUAUAUAUUUUUUGUAUUUUGCGAUAACUUCCGGCCGUGAAUUUCCGGAUUAGAUGUUCCUGUAGCUCAGUGUUUUUAGUGCAGUCUUAAUGCCCGCUAUUGUAUUUAUUUUAAAUCGAUAUUAUUCAAAUUGGUUCGCUAUAUUUUUAUAAUCAAAGCUUAGUUAUUAAUUUUAUAGAACUUUUUACUAUAAUAAGACUAUUACAGGAGGCAGUCAUCACAAUGAUUGUCAGGCCUGUCAAUUUCAGUAUUGUCGAAUAAGUUAAGGCCUCGGACUAAAACUUGUCAAAAAGAUUUUUAUACUUGUUAAUUUGUAGAUAAAUAUUAUUUCAAGAGUGCUCUCUUAUGAAAAUUGUAUAUAGAUUUCUUUUGGUUAUGGGACGGAUCCCAACUAAUCGAAAAGCCUAUUUACCAACGUAAAUGAUCUGUCCAAAUUAUAAAUAUACAUACCAUAUUUAUUAGGCUACUUCAAUUAUGUAGGCUAUGAUUCAUAAAUAAUAAGUUAUUAAAGGUUUCUUUCCUCUACGUAUGUACAAGCUUAGCUCAAGUUGUUGCUUAAAAAAAUUUGUUCACUAACUUAAAAUUAAAAAAAGGUCCAAAACAAUAAAUAGAAAAAAACUUUGUAUCAGAUACUUUAAUUUAUUAUUGAAAUGUAACUUUUUAUAAAGUGUUGUUGGUUAUUUUUCACAGAUGUGGUACAUUUUCCUUAAAAAUGUAUUGUGUUUUUUUACCAUAAGCUUAGUAUAAUUAUUUAUAAAUCGGUGCAUCCAUUGUGGUACCAAACUGUGAUAUCUGUUACAUCCACUAACUUAAAAAAUUCUAACCUUAACGUUCUGACAUUUGAAGUUAAUAAUUGGAAGAAAGGUGAUCAUAAUAGUUCAUAAAUCUUCCACUUGCAUCAAUGUGCAUGAGACAUUGUUACAACAAAGUUUAUUGGAAUCAACAGGCAAUAGCUCUUCCUAAUUGGAUUUUAAUUAUUCAUUAAUCAAACGCUCCAACAAUAGAAUUUUAUUUUUGUGAAGCCUUUCGCUUUCAAGAAAACCAUCAUCAGAUCCACAUAAUUGAGGGGCAUCACACAAAAAAAUUGAAUGUUGGAGUGUUUGAUUUAAAAAGUAAUGAAUAGAAAGCAUUUCUUAAAAUACUUUGAGUUUACUAUGUUUUAAUUUAUAUAAGAAUACAUCAUGUAUUACCCAAUAUGUUACUCAUACGUAAUGUAUAUAUGUAUUAUGUUGUAUGGUGAUUACAUAAAAAAAUGUUUAUUGAUCUAAAUACAAGCAUAAAUCUAUAGUAACAUUUAUGAAAGUUGUAUUAUUGAAUAUGUUAGGUUCAAAUUUACAGAAUACUAUUGAGACAUGGUACUAUACAUUAAAAAUGUAUUACAUUUUUUUAUGUUUUUAAUUGUCGGUUAAUUUAAUGAGCAUGAGUUCUGAAUUUUUCUUGAAAACUAAUAAACUUUAUCUCAAACUGGCUCUUGGUGGUAAAUUGAAACUCAAUGCUUGAAUGAAACUCAAGGGCAACUCUGGAAUAUAAAGUAGUCAAGUUAUCUUGGGGUUCUUUAAAAGUAAAUUAGGAAAGUUGGUUGGGAAAUUUUAAGUCACAUAAGAAAUGAAAAUUGUAUAGAACCUUAUGCUGUAUAGGUGCAGUAUUAUUAUUCUCUUUUACACUAAUUAUUCUUUAUCUAAGGUUUCAUCCUUAUACUGUACAACAUGUAUUAAACUUUAAGGUUGGGUAGUGGGGAAUUAGUGACUAAACUUAGAGAUGUGACUGUUACUGGGAGAUCUUCAUUGUUUAUAUGAUUCAAAAUUUUCCUGACAACUAUAUGCAGCAUGUAGAGCUCAAUCUCCAAGAGAAAGAUCAGAUACUUUUCCUUUUUGGUAGAAGUUGCCUGAAGUAGCGAUCCGUAGAUUGGAAAAUCAAUUUGUACCUCUGGAGACCAAACAUAUGUCUUUAUAUCUUCAAUAAAAUAUCAUUUAUAUACUUUUAUCACAAUAAACAGUAGGACAACUAGAGAAGAUAUAAUGCAAAGAAUGAGAAUCCACUUUUAAGGCUUUAAGUCUUACCAAUUCAGUUAAAACAGCGUCAGUAUUGUACUCCCAUAUUAUUACCAGCCUGUCUUAAUCUGAGCACUGCUGGUGAUCAACAAUCUCCAGACGGUACCACUACCUACCCAUUGCCAUUUCAUUACUUUCUUUAUGAUAUGGUGCAAUUCUGUGUAUUGAACCAAAAAAGUGUAUUUUUAAGGAUGGAGCAAUGCCUCUUAUGAGACCAGUGAUUCUCAAUGAGUUUCAAGGGCCAGUUGAAAAGAUGGUCGUAUUAUUUUCAAUUAGCCCCAAGAAAAAUUUGUAAUCUCAAAACACUUUUAGCGCCAUAGCUUAUUUUUUGAUAAUUCUAAUGUAGCAUACCAAUUCAUUUUGCAUAAUACAUGUAUCUUACUCUCUUAUUUUACUUUACCACAAAUAAAUAGGCUAAGUUUAAUGAUUUAAAAUUAUUAAUAAACCUCAUUUUAAAGAAUUAUAUUUAUUUUCAUACAAAAUUUACAUUUGAAACUUAGUUUGUGUGCAGUAUAUUAUGUAUAAAACUAAACUUCUGUAUGUUAACUUAUUUACCAUUUUUACAACUGUGCCUUUUAAUAAAUAAUUUUAUUUAGCCAUAAAAAUGUCCCAUUUUCACUUAUUCUUAAACUUGUGUGCAGUGUGGACUAUUACUUUUUAUGUUUAUGGGUUACAUAUUAGAAUUUAUAAAAAAAUUAACAACUUGAGCUAUGCGACAUUUGCAUUUAGAACAGGUAGUACUGUAAAAAUUGAAUUUACAUUAUCGUCAGCAGCUUACAAUAAAUUUAAUUAAACUUAAUGAUGGCUUUUGCCUCUUUGAUAUAGGUCUGGCUCUACUGGAACUCUUUCACAUGUAGUAUUUUAAUAAUAGCCAUAAAAAUAUUUGAACCAAACUAAUUUUUAUGUACAGUUAUUGAUUUAUAUUUUUAGAGCAAUAUUUAAUGUGAUUUAUGUUUGUUAUAAUGUUACUCUUAAUUUGGAAACAUUUGUCAUUAUAGUUAUCCUAUUUAUUUUGGAAUCUUGUCCUAAAUUAUUGAUUCUUCCUCGAAGUUAUUAGAUUUAAGAAGACUGGCUAAACUGAAAAUAAACUAAGCUGCAAACCUUUCAAACCAAAUUUGUUGUGAAAUUUUGCGCUAAAAAUCAUGUUUAAUUAACAUUGUCAGACGAUAAUCAACAUUAAAGGUAAUAUAGAAAUGGUAUAGCUUACCAUAAUUUCAUAAAUGUGACAACUGCACUUGCCUAACUAAUAUGAAACCAUUACUGUUAUUUUAAUUAAAGAACUUCAACAUGUAAUAGCUAGACUAUAAUUAUGUAUAUCAUAUUAAAUCAAGUAUAUGUUUGUAUCUUGAUUUAAUCUAGUUUGUAAGUAGAUAAUCUAAAUUAUCCUUUUGUAAGUCACGCAACGUUUGAAACAUUGUUUUUUGUUGCACACAGUCUUAGAGACCAUGCUUUCAAAAAUAAUCUCUGGAAACAGCUGGAAAAAUAAUAUUUUUACUAUAACAUAAAAACUGUACUUCCACAGUGUCUUUUAAUAUCAGAUAUAAAAGUAAUGUAUCUUGAAAACGGUACAGAAUGAGUAAAACACUUGUCUAAUAACCUGCUCAUAAAACAUUAAAUAUUUUUACCUAUUGUGAUGGAUGAGGGAUUCUUGAAGUCAGCUAGACAGAAGGAUAGUGUAAAUUUAUUCUUAAAAAUCCUUAAAAACGCUUGGUCUUGCAUGGCCAACAUAAGGUUAAGAUAUGUAUUGAAAUUUAAUUACUCUCAUCUUUGGACGUUUAAAAAAAUAAUUGAAUAAAAUUUAAAUAAUAAAAUUGAAUUUCUGGUUAAAUUCUAUUAGCUCCUCUCAAAGUUCCGAUUAAAAUAUUUUACUCUACAAAACGAUUGAAAUUUAUUAUUUGAGUUACAUUUGAUGUGGACUUUGCUCAUUGUGAUAAUAUGUUUCUAUAUAACCUAUAUUAUCAAUUAGUAUUAAUAUGAUAUAUUCUGUAUGGUUCAUGUCCAUAGUGACGUUUUUGUUCAUUGGCAGAAGUGCAGACUACUACGUGGCUGCUACAAAAAAUUUCAGUUUAAUUUAUCUUUACUGAAAUUUUGACCUAAAUAACUAAUUUCUAUUCUAAAAAGUAAUUGGAAUAGAAUGUAUGAAAAUCGAUAAUCCCAGAUUAAAUUAUUGAACUGUAAACUCAUCAUAUAGUUUAUUCAAACCCCUUAGUACGUAUAAAAUAUUAAAUGUAAUAUAAUUUUUCUUACCUUUCAAUUAGAUGAGCAAAUACAUACACAAACAACGUAUAAGAAAUACCAACUAGAACAAAAACAAUAGUACAAAAGAUUUUUUCUAGCAGAAAUCUUACUAGUUUUUUUACUGGCUAUUUGUUUUGUGGGAGUGUAGACUAGCCAUGGCAGUUCCUCAUUUCACAGCUUAGAAUUUUGUAUCACCAAUAUUUAAAAUUAGCUUAAAAUGCUUAAAAUUUAAAAUUAGUAGUUGGAAUUGAAAUCUUACACCAGUUGAGAGUUCUAGCUAAACAUAAUUUAUCCAAAAUGUUAUUUACGUGAUGAAAAUCUUAUACUAUAGUAAUUUUUUUGUAGAUGUCCACUAAAAAAUAUAGAUCUUAAAACCAUUGAAUGAGGUACUAUUCCACUUUUAUAAGUAACAAAGCAAUAACUAAUAUGUAUAACAGUUGUCACUCAACAUUGGCUUUAAUUUCAUCAAUAUAAGUAAAGAAAUUGAAGUAGAAAAUCACCAAAGCAAAUUAAAGGGCUUUUCCUUUACCCUGUUAUAGGUUUUAGUACUCAACAACCUAUUCUAACCCGUUUCGAACUCUGAUAUAAAAUACUGUUUUGCUUUUGGAAAUAAAUAUGAAUUACAAAUGUUUUUUUUCUUCACCCCUAUUUUUAUGAUCCUAUUUCAAAAUUAGUGUAUAAAAUUCUACUUGGUAUGAACAGUUAAUCCUUAGUACGGGAAAAGGUAAACGAACAGACCUACUGACUUUUAAUUAUUCUUGAGAUAUUUAUGGUAAUAUGCAUAUCUAUUUUUAGUGUAACAUGUCUUAGUUUAUUUGGUAUCCAAUUGAAAAACAUGUAUUAUGUAAAAACACUAUGAAGUAAUUGCUGCUUGUAAGAUGAGAUUGCUCACAACUAUUUUAAGAUAACAAUCUGUGUUAAUUUGAAAUACUCAAUUUUUACUCAAUAUGUUUACAGUAGUAGCCUAAGUAUAAUGAAAAUGCUAUUUUAUUGGUAUAUUUUAUAGUUUAUUAUCUGGAUACCUUUUUUAACCACUUGAUUUUAUUAAUGUUCCUUUUUACUCUUUUCAAAUGUAUUAUUUGUUAUGGCUUUAAAAUGUGUUGUUGUAUUUUAAUAUCUUUUAAUUGCAGUAGCCUGUGUACUGUUUAAUGAAUAUUGUUUUUUUUUUAAUUUGGUUGUAACUUUUUGUAACUGCAGUAUUGUUGCCAAGAAAAAUAUUAUAUGCCUACUGUGUGUUAUAUUUUUUUAUUCUUUAUAAUAGUUACAAUUAUAUACAAAUAAUUUGUGAUAAUUCAAAACUCUAGUUUGUAGUUGACGUUGCACCUAGUGAAGGUAGGCCUAAUAAUUUAUCAGAAAUGUGGCACAACAUCCAAGAAAUUUAAUUUAGAGUUUAAAUAAAUCCAAUCAUAUUCUACUUCAUGAAUAUUUUUUAUAAACCAUGGUAUUGUAGUGAAAAUAUUUUUGUUUUUAACUAAGAAAAGGUAUUUUAUUUUAAUUAUAACAAAUAAUUAUGAGCUCUAACCUCAGAUACAUGUAAGUUUUCAAGAGCCACAUGUAGUUUCCCGCCAAUAGUCUUUUAGAAUUGCGUACAGGAAGUCCUAGGUUCAAGCCCUUAUAAGAAAAUUAUAUUUAGUAACUCAUUAUAGUGCAUACUCUCUGUUUUUGCACAUCAUAUUUUGGAAUAUACUUGGCUAUCUGAUUUAAUACAAUUCAGGUACUAGAUAGCCAAUUCUGUAGUUAAAGCUAUAAGAGAUUAAAUAGACAGAUUCUUUUAAAAUUACCUGUUUACAAUAUAGACUUGAAAGAAUUACUUUUGUUGUUUGAGAAGCUUGUGUUAGCCGCAUUUUUACAUAGUCUAGUAAUUCUAUAUACCGAUGUUGAUUCUCAUCAAAAUUCAACACUUUUAACAUGUCUGGUACACCUUCAGACAUUUCUAGUUUGUAACAGUCUUGUCAGUUCACUAAUAAUUAUUUUAUUAUUAUUAUAUGUGCCAUGACCACAGUAUAUUCUUACCCAUUGAGUUUCAGUAAUUUCUUACUAAAUAAUAUUGAGUAAUAUUUUUUAACAAUUAGUUUUUUUGAUAUAUUAAAUUUUCUUAAGUUAUAUUUUGUUUAAAAAACCUGUUAUAUUCUUAAAAUUUAUUUAAUUUUUAAAGUUUUUUGUUGCAAGUUAGAAAAACACCACCCAUGCAUUGAAGCUUAUUAUUAAUUUUGUGUUUUGUUUGGAUGUUAACUCGUGUAUAGAGUGUUAACAAUGCAAAUUUUUAUUUAGCCAUUUUGUUUUGGUUACAAAAUUUCACAAAUUUUUGCUUGAAAUGCCUUUAAUUCCUAGUGAUAAAAAUGGUUUUAUUUGACUCAAAGAAGUUAACUUAAAAAGCUGUAACUUUAGAAUUAAAUAUACAUUAACCUUACUAAACUUUGAGUGCACCAUCUUAAAUAUCUGGAUUACUAACUUCAUAGUAGCCUGAGUUAGCUUGCACUUACAAUAAAACUAUAAAACUAUAUUGCUUUUAAGCGCAUGGUAAUUAUUAUUUAUUAAAAUAAAACAUAAUAUUUCGUUAAAACUAAGGGAGGACCACCUGAUGGCUUUGCAAACUGUUUUCAUAAUAGAGCUUUCGUUUUGAAACUGUAUUCAAAUCUCAUAAAAAUGAAACCCAAUUUGUAAAGCAAUAUUUGUAUGCUUACAUACAGACUAUUUUAUUUUUAUAUUGUGGGUUAAUGUUUAUCAGGAGGAAGGUUUAUUAUGCGUAACAACUUCAAAAACUUAUUUUUCCUUAAAGUAAUAUUUACAUUUUCAAAUCCAUGUUACUAUUACUGUUACAGCGUUCUACUGUUUCUGAAUCAUAACUUGGGAACAUUACAAAUGGUUAUAGAAAAUCUAACAUUCAGAUAUGGAUAUUCCUGGAUGUUUUAAAAAUCCAGAUAAAAUACUUUUAAAAUGGAAAUAAAAAUAAAAACUGUAAUAAUUAAUUAUACUAAACUUAUUAAACAAGUUAUUUAUUUGCACUAGCAAUAAAAGGCAAUUGUGAUAAAGUAGUUAAGGUACAAAAGUGUCAUUUUAAAUCUUUUUUUCUAAUAUGUGUGGUUUUUAUAUUCAUAAAAAGUUGGGACAAUAAUAAGAGCAUAAUAACUACCAUGUGUAUUGUUUAUUAUUUACUUAUAACAGAACCUUAUUACUAGUAUAUAUACAGUAUAUUUUCCACAAUUAUACUUACUAUUGUUAUUAAAGUACGGUACCUAUGAUUUAAAAUUGUUGCAAAUUUUAUUUUGCUGCAAAUACAAUAAAGAAACAUGAGAUCUUAUGAUUUUGAAUUUUUGCAUCAAAAUUUGUAGUCUUUUUUAAGCACAUAAAAAGUCACUAGUGUAUAUUCCUUUUAUAAACAUAAAUAAUUUUGUUUUGUAGUAUUUAUAGCACAUAAAUAUAUGUUUUUAUUGGUAUUAGCCAUUGGAAUCUCUGUUAAGAUGGUAUAAUUGUAGCAGAUAAAAACUUACCUAAUAUAACAUAUUUUAAAUGACACAUUCAUGCCAUGACAGGUUGCCAGUUCUUCUUGAUCAUAAAACGAUCAAUUUGUAUUGAUUUUGUAUAUAUUAUUAUUAACCCUUGUACUUAUUACGUCGAUUCCUAUUUUUGUGAAGUCUAAAAGUUAGAGUCACAUAAUUUUAUUGUGAUUCAGAUAUUAAUUAUUGUAAUUUUAUGUUGUGUAUAUUUUUAUACCUAAAUACUCGCAGCUUAUACAUAGCCGAUCCCAGAUACUUUUGUGUCUACUAUUAAAAAAUAUAUACAUAAUUUAAAACUUU